CUGACCUAUACCCAUGUGAGGCACCAAUAACACUGGGUGGUAUAUUCUGUCGGCUCCCUUUCAGCCUACCCAGCCCUCUGCUUAGCUUGGCUUUUUCCUUCCCCUGCGUUGCUUUCCUUUACCCCACCGUCCCAAUGCUGCCACACUGGCAGGUCCAAAUUCUGCAACACCUGUGAAUCUUUCAAUGUAUGCUUGAUUUUCCUUUUCUUUUUUUUUCUUUUCUUUUUUUCUUGAAGAAAUUUCACCUGUGGAUUACACGAGUAUGGCAACAAGACUGUGAUCAUUGAGUGGAAAUGGAAUUAUUUAAUAACUUGGACAAGUUUUACAGAUAAGUGGACGCUGACCUGAUUUUUUACUGAAGCUGUGAUUUUUCCCAUUCGCUUCUGCAUGAGGAGGCUUGACCCCCAACUCAAAGGAUUAUAGCUAAAUUUGUCUCCAUAUCACCAUGGCUGAAGCCAGUGGAGCCAAUAGAGCAGCUGCACCGCAGACAAGCUCCCUUAAGUCCACCAAAGGUCUGGGGCUACUCGGGAAGCUGAAAAUGUCUGCGGAGCUGCUGAUUGCCCUGGCUGCUCUCCUGUCCUGGGUGGUGGUGGGAGUGGUGAUGUUCGACUUCGUGGAGUACAAGGCAGUCCCUGACAUUCAGCAAAUAGUUUCAGACCCCGUGCAAGCUGUAAACGAUGCUGUCGAUGAAGUGUCCAGUCUGUUCAAUAAGUUUCAAGAAUGUGCUCCUGAUUUAAGUGACCCCAUGUCAGCUGCCACUUACGCAGCUGAGGAAAUAUCGGACGCAAAAGAUGGAUUUGUUCGCUAUUUUUCAGAUGACGAAGGGAAAUUCUACCUCAGCUAUGUUGACCCUGUGGUCAUCGGGAGACAAGCUUUCCAUUCAACCAAUGAUUUCAUAAAUGGAUAUGCAGGCACCUUCAGGGACACACUGUGUGCUAUCGUGGACACUAUAUCUGACACAUUAUUGGAUAUAAAUAAAGGAAAAAUGUACCUUAGCUACACUGACCCUGUGGUUAUAGGCAGAGGUGUCUUUCGUGUUACUAAUGACUUUGUGUGUGGAGUUGGGGGCUACAUCCAAGAUGUGCUCUGUGCCAUUUUGGACACAAUUCUGGAUGUAGGGAAAGGAACCACGGAGAUAAGCUUCAUGGACCCUGUGGUGGUUGGCAGAAACGUUUUCAGUGCUACUGAUGAAACCGUGAGUGGAAUAGUGGGCUACAUCAAGGACGUGCUCUGUGCCAUCAUAGACAGUAUACUGGAUAUAACAAAAGGAACCACUGACAUUAGCUUCAUUGACCCUGUGGUUGUUGGCAGAAAUGUCUUCAGUGUUACUAACGACUUUCUGGGUGGAAUAACAGGAUACAUCCAAGACGUGCUCUGUGCCAUCUUGGAUGUAAUACUGGACACAGUAGAAGACAUCCAGCACGCUAUGGGAUUCAGACCCAUGUCAGCUCUGAAGAGAACAGCAGAAAUCAUCACAGAAGAGAUAGACAUGCUCUGGAGCUACGUCUCCACAACUCUGAUUGGUGAACAAGGGGUCAUGCCUGAAGUGUCUGUUGACCCCAUGAAAGUUGUUGAAGAUGCCGUGUUGGAGUUCACAGACAAGAAAGAUUUGUUCGUAGCUUACAUGUCGAGCAUGCUUGUUGGUGAUCAAGGUGAACCUGUUGCCACACCUGUUAUAAAUGUUGUUUCUGAAAAAGAUGAAACUGAGGCUCCCCGAUCCCCAUCUGAUAUACAUUUGGUACAAAGGAAAGGUGAAUUCCUGCCACCUUUUGAAAAAGUUACAGAGAUUAUGAAAGCUGCCAAAGAUGAUGCUGCUGCUGCUGCUGCUGCAGAGUUAAGUGAAGCGCCGGACUCAAAGAUCGAGGAGGAGGCUGAAGUUCCCAUUGAAACUACCAGUGAAGCUGAUGGGAAAGAGGCGGAGGAUGUGAAACAUGUCGGCCUUGAAGAAACUGAACAUGAACCAUCACUGGAAGAAGGAGAAGAGGUUGACAUUUUGGGGGAGGAUGCUGCUCAUGACAAGGAGGAAGAAGAGGAGAAAGGUUUUGGUACAGAAGAAGAGGGAGAUAUUAAAACAGAAAUUGAAGAAGAAGAUACACAGGAGCCACAAACUGGAGAAGAGGUGGUAGAAGCUGAGGGGGAGGAAGAGAAGACCAUAGACGUUUUGGUACAAAGAGAGAAGGAGGAGGAAACAACAACAAAAAAAGAUGCAGAAAAAGAUGAGGAGAGGGAAGAGGAGACCAAAACGGAAGAUUUGGUAGAGGAGGAGGAGGAGGAGGAGGAAGAGGAGGAGGAGGAGACCAAAGCUAAAGAAGUUUUGGUAGAAGGGGAGGAGGAGGAAGAUGGGGGGGACACAAAAGAAGAAGAUGCAGUAGAAGAAGAGGCAAAGACCAAAACCGAAGAUAUUGUAGAAGAAGAGAAGGAGGAGACAAAAACUAAGGACGAUUUGGUAGAAGAUGGGGAGAAAGAGGAGGAGGAAGAGGAGGCAGAGGAGCCCAAAGCUGAAGAAGAUUCAGUAGAAGACAAGGCAGGUGACGAGACAAAAACACAACCUGUGGUAGAAGAUGAGGACAAGGAAAAGGAAGAGGAGAUGGAGGUGGGGACCAAAACUGAAGACCAUUUGUUGAAAGCUAAAGAAGAGGAGGACACAAAAACUGACGUUCUGGUAGAAGAUGAAAAGGAGGAAAAGAAAGAGGAGGACACAAAAACUGAGGAAGAGGCUGAUGAGGACGGGAUUAAAGAUGAAGAUCUUCAAGUUGGUGAAGAAAUGGACAAAGAAAACAUUGAAAUACCUGACACCAAUGUCAAAGCUCAGUUUGUAAAAACUGACCAAGACGAUCAGGCUUUAGAUCUGGACGAUGAUGAGGCUUUGGAAGAGGAGGAAGAAGGAGAACAACUGGACAAAAUGGAGGUGGAUGAUGAAGGCAAAGAGCCAUUUGUCCAACAACUUGAUCUGAAAAUUCUGUUAGCUGAAAAACCUGAUAAUGCCGAUGUAGUGCCUGAAUCGGAUGAUGAGGAAGAAGAAGAAACACUGGUUCACGACCAUGACGAAUACAAUGACAUCAUCAACGAUCAUCGUGAUGAAAACAACAACAAUAGCGAAAGUGGGAAAACUGAACUGAAACAAAAGAGGAAGGUUCAUACUCCGUUUGAGAGGCUCAGAAAACUUGGAUCCAGAGCUGCUCAAAAAAAUCACCUUCACAAACAUGAGAAAGUUCUCAAAGAAGCAAAAGAAAGACAUGCGAUGAAAGACGUUAAAGAUGCCAUUAUUAAAGACCUCAAAGCUGUAGAAACUGAAAAGGAGAGAAGAGAAGAGGAGCUAAAAAUUGAGGAAACCAUAGAGAUGAAACUAAAAGAAGAAAAGCUAAAGGAGGCGUACAAACCCCUUGAAAAGAAACCACUGAAGCCCAAAGAAAAAGAGCCUAAGGACAAGGAAGAAUCUACAAAACCAUCCACAGCAGAGGCAGAAGUAAGGAAGCUUUCUAAGCAGAAGGAUGAAACAGCUGAACCUAAAAAGAAGAGACGAGUGACAAAAGACUCUGAAGAAAAACCAGAACUGAAGAAACAGCCUAAACAACAGAAAGAAGUCAAGAAACUGCCUAAAGAAGAGAAAGAAGUUGAGAAACCAUCUAAAGAAAAGAAGGAAGACAAGAAACUGCCUAAAGAAGAGAAAGAAGUUGAGAAACCAUCUAAAGAAAAGAAGGAAGACAAGAAAUCAUCUAGAGAAGAGAAAGAAGUCAAGAAACCAUCUAAAGAAGAGGAAGAAGACAAGAAACCCUCUAGUGACAAGAAAGAAGAAAAAGAGGAAGAAGACAAGAAACCCUCUAGAGACAAGAAAGAAGAAAAGAAACCAUCUAAAGAAGAGAAAGAAGUUGAGAAACCAUCUAAAGAAGAGAAAGAAGUAAAGAAACGAUCUAGAGAAGAGAAAGAAGACAAGAAACCAUCUAAAGAAGAGAAAGAAGUAGAGAAAUCCUCUAAAGAAGAGAAGGAAGACCAGAAACCAUCUAGAGAAGAGAAAGAAGUCAAGACACCAUUUAAAGAAGAUAAAGAGGUCAAGAAACCAUCUAGAGAAGAUAAAGAAGUCAAGAAACCAUCUAGAGAAAAGAAAGAAGUCAAGAAGCCAUCUAGAGAAGAGAAAGAUCACAAGAAACUAUCUAGAAAAGAGAAAGAAGACAAGAAACCUCUCAAAGAAAAGAAAGAAGUCAAGAAACCAUCUAAAGAAGAGAAGGAAGACCAGAAACCAUCUCGAGAAGAGAAAGAAGACAAGAAACCAUCUAAGGAAGAGAAAGGGCCAUCUAAAGAAGAGAAAGAAGUUAAGAAACCUCUUAAAGAAGAGAAAGAAGACAAGAAACCAUCUACAGAAGAGAAAGAAGUCAAGAAGCCAUCUAGAGAAGAGAAAGAAGUCAAGAAACCAUCGACCGAAGAGAAAGAAGUCAAGAAACCAUCUAAAGAAGAGAAAGAAGACAAGAAACCAUCGACCGAAGAGAAAGAAGUCAAGAAACCAUCUAAGGAAGAGAAAGAAGUCAAGAAACUAUCUAAAGAAGAGAAAAAAGACAAGAAACAAUCUAGAGAAAAGAAAGAACACAAGAAACCUCUCAAAGAAGAGAAAGAAGUCAAGAAACCAUCCAAAGAAGAGAAAGAAGACAAGAAACCUCUCAAAGAAGAGAAAGAAGUCACGAAACCAUCUAAAGACAAGAAAGAAGAUAAGAAACCUCUCAAAGAAGAGAAAGAAGAUAAGAAACCUCUCAAAGAAGAGAAAGAAGACAAAGAGAAAGAGGACAAGAAACCAUCUAGAGAAGCGAAAGAAGACAAGAAACCAUCUAAGGAAGAGAAAGAAGACAAGAAACUAUCUAAAGAAGAGAAAGAAGACAAGAAACAAUCUAGAGAAAAGAAAGAACACAAGAAACCUCUCAAAGAAGAGAAAGAAGUCAAGAAACCAUCUAAAGAAGACAAGAAACCUCUCAAAGAAGAGAAAGAAGUCACGAAACCAUCUAAAGAAGAGAAAGAAGACAAGAAACCUCUCAAAGAAGAGAAAGAAGUCACAAAACCAUCUAAAGACGAGAAAGAAGUCAAGAAACCAUCUAAAGAAGAGAAAGAAGACAAUAAACCUCUCAAAAAAGAGAAAGCAGACAAGAAACCUCUCAAAGAAGAGAAAGAAGUCAAGAAACUAUCAACAGAAGAGAAAGAACACAAGAAACCAUCUAGAGAAGAAAAAGAAGACAUGGCAUCUCAGGGGAUACCUUCCAAAGAAAGGGCCAUACCAAAAAAGCCCUCAGAAGAAAAACAAGAACCAGAUAAACCUUCUAAACAUGAAAAAGAACCGUCUAGAAAGCAAGAAGAUGAAGUUUUAGAGACACCCUCCAAAGACAAGACAGUGGUCAAGAUGAUUCCAAAAAAAGACAAGGAACCAAAGAUUAAGACUAAGGAAGAAACAAUACCAACAAAGCCUUCUGAGGACAAAGAACCUGUCAAGCAUAGAGAUACUAAGACAGACACUGGACCCAAAAAGCCUGUAAAGAGGAUUAUGGCAGUUAAGAAGGGGGUUGCAUCUGUCUUAAAGGAACAUCUGAAUGUAACAAAAGCAGCUGAUGAACCCAAGAAGGCAGUAAAGGUGGAGAAAGCUGUGAAAAAGCAGAUAGUUCCAGUCCUGAAACAGGGAGCACCUGCUAUCAAAGUAAAAGCUAGAGCUGCUGAAAAGAAGAAAGCUGAUGAACCCAAGAAGGUAGUAAAAGUGGAGAAAGCUGUGAAAAAGCAGAUAGUUCCUGUCCUGAAACAGGGACAAACAAAUAUUACAAAAACAGAAACUGAGCUUCUCAAGGGGAAGAAGGCAGAGCCAGCAGCUGCUAUCAAAGUAAAACCUAAAGCUGCUGAAAAGAAGAAAGAGGUUCCUGAAGUCCCUAAACCCAAACCAAAAGACGCAAAGAAAGAGGCCGCUCCAAAGGAUCCCAAGAAGGAACCAAAGGAGCAACUCAAAGCCAAACCUGUAAAACCAGACGCUGGACCCAAAAAGGCUGUAAGGAGGAUUAAAGUACACAAGAAGGAAGUUGCGUCUGUUCUGAAGGAACAUCUUAAUGUGACAAAAGCAGCCGAUAAACCCAAGAAAGUAGUAAAAGUGGAGAAAGCCGCAAAAAUGCAGAUAGUUCCUCUCCUGAAAAAGGAGUAUGUGAAUGUUAUAAAAACAGAAGUUCCUGACAUUUCUAAGGUGAAAUCCAAAACAGAACAUGCAAAGAAAGUGGCACUUCACAAGGAGCCCAAGAAGGAACAAAAGGAAAAGAUUGAAGCCAAAGCCGCCAAACCAGAAGUUCCCAAGGAGAAGACCAAAGUGGCUCCUUCUAAGAAAGAAGCUGUUGUUCCAAAAGAAAAGGCCAAACCAGUCAUCUUGAAAAAAGAACAAGAGGAGACUCCCAAAAAUGUCUCUCUGGUUAAACAGCAAGCCAAAAUAGUGCGUUUGAAAAAAGAAGUCAAGGCACCCAAAGAGAAAGUGAAAGGUGUUUCUGCAAAGAAAGAACCUGCUCCCCUCAAGACAAAGCCAGUCCCUUUUGUCAAAGAAGCAGAAGUACCACAAAAAAAUGUCACAAUAACAAAGGAGAAGGUGAAGGUUGUGCCACUGAAGAAAGGAGCUGAGGUUCUCAAGGAAAAGAAGGCCAAGCCAGUCACUUCCUCAAAAGCACCUGUUAUCAAAGCAAAACCUAGAUCUGCUGAAAAGAAGAAAGAAGCUGUUGUGAAAGAAAAGGCAAAAGUCUCAAAUAAAGAACUUGAGAAAAAGCCGGUUCUCGCCAAAAAAGCACCUGAGGUUGCAAAAGAGAAGCCUAAGCCAGCUCGUGAGAAGCGAGCUCCUUCUAAAACAAAGGAUGAAACAAAGAAGGAAAAGGUCAAACCCCUUCUAAAGACUAAAGAGCCCAAAGUGCCAGAGGACAAAGUCAAACCAGCUCGUGAAAAAGCAUUGUUGAGGAAAAAGGCCAAACCAGCUCAUGUAAAGAAAGAAACGGAGACUCCCAUAGAAAAGGACAAACGUGCUGCAGUGAAAAAAGUUGAGAAGAAAGCAGCCAAAGAAGGUAAAGCUAGAGAGGCCAGAGUUCUCAAAGAGAUACAGGCGCCAGCAAAGAAAGAAAAACCUGCUGAGAAGAAAGUUGCCAAGGAGGAGAAAAUAAAAGCAGAGCCUUCUGUAUCAGACAGUUUUCAAAUCGAAGAAGAGCUGCCCUACUUCCAGUGUUUCUUUGUGGACGAGGACGAGGCCCAGUUUCCUUUCUACGCCUUCUCACCGCUGCAAAUUUGAUGCUUCAGUCUUAAUCCAGUCUGAGGUUCACAAUUUAGUCAAUUUUACUGAUAAUGACACAGUCACGUCACACCCUGCACCGCUGAAACGCAGCAUGCUGUCCACUGAUGGUCUUCAAGAGAAAACCCUGGACAACAGAGGAUGAGGGGUGAUUGUAUGUGAUGGACCUACUUUAUUUCACUUCCAGAUUUGGUUGAGCUCUCAUACCAAAUACAUGCAGCUUGUGUCAUUCCUUUUCAUUUUUGUAUUAUUAUUUUAUUGUUUUUGAAAGGUGGAUAUAAUCAAAAUGAUGGAACAGUAUCAGAUAUUACCUCUGUGGAUCAUUCAUUUGGAUCCUCACAGCAACACAUGCAAAUAAGUAAAAUGGUGUGUUUUUUUUAAGAAGGAACAUAAUGUUAUAAACAGACUACAAACAUGGCCACAAUUGCUGAUUCAAGGUGGACAAGGGUUCAAUUCUCACAUUUUACUUGAAAAAGUUAUCGUACUUACAUUUUUAUGCACCAUCAUCUGUGUAAUUUUACCUUUUCCUUCAUUGCAUUGUAGUUGGCAAUUUUUCUAAUCCUGACCUUCCUGCUGUUAAAAGCCCUUGAAUGAACAAUUGAGCAUUUAUAGCGUUUUUGUGCAUAAUUCCAUUGUUCUUGCUGUUGUUUUAGUCAUUUUAAGGAAAGCUUGUUCCUCACAAAUAUCCCUCUAUCUUAAGAAAGGAAAGUUUUUUUCUGUUUCUGUCUACUAUGUCUGUUAUGUGUAAAAAAAGGAAUGACCACGCACUGUAUAUGAGAGCUCCCAAACGAACAGAACAGAAACACUACCUUUAAAGUCUUAUUAAACGGCUGACAUGCGCACCAGCUCCCCAUUUUGACAUCGGUGCUAAAAAAAGCAUUGCCUGCACUGUCAGAAUGAGGUUUGAAGACAUACAUACUUUUUAUACCAUCAAGUAUUACAUUUAUUCUAUGAUUGGACGACAUGUUGGAAAAGUCUUUUUCCCAGCUGCUAACUCUGUUCCAAUAUUUUACUUAAGGCAUUAGAAUAUAAUGCUACUUGUUUUAGUAAAUGAGAAGACAAUAAAAGUAGGACACAUGUGAUGGAUCUUUUUUGAUAAUCAAAAGGGAUGUGGCCAACAGCGAUUUCUUGAUAGACCAAAACACAACGUCACUAACUUUGGUCGGUGGCUGUUUGUCUGUGUGCAUAACAUAGAAACAUGAUAUAUUUUAGCAACCUUUUGAACAGGUUCUGAACAUAUAUACCAUGAUAUUGAUGCAUAACCUCUUUUAUUUUAUUACAUCUUAUUAACUGUAUAAACAACCAGUUACUGGAUUCAUACAGAUUAUGAUUGUCCUGUGCACGUGAUGUACAGUGUGGGAUUUCAGAUUGAUUUUUAAGUCACGUAUUUGAAAUCUCUGAAGAAUGAUAGAAGAUGACAAGUGAGCUGCACGAAUCAGCUUGUCUAAUUUGUCAACCUGAAUGUGGUUGUCAACGUGAUUAGAGUCAAAGUUAUUUAUAACAUGGAUACGAAACCUUUAUAUCUUUGAUCAUAUCUGCACAGCAUUCGAUUACACGCUGAAUUGAUGCAGAUGGAAUCACACGUUUGGGCAGACAAUUUCAAAUGUAAACAAAUUUAUUUCACAGCGUGUACCAGCUGUUGUUUACAAAUUGCUCUUUACAUUAUGCUCCAUAUGCUGCAUUGAAGAUUUACAGUUUGUGGCAUUACUCAAGUCUACUCAAAAGUAAAUCCACUUAUAAUUUUUUAUUAGAACAACGCAAAUGUUGUAGGUGUACAGUAGGUUUUGUUUUCCAAAAUGACUUUGAAUAUUUAUUUUGUGUUAUUGGAUUUUGGUAAAGAUGUGGUUGCUAGUAUAACAACAUAUAUUUUGAUUCAUGGUGACAAAACAUGAAUAUUUGUUUCGAUUGUUAAAACUGAAUUGUAUCUAAAGACUCCCUUUAACCAGGUAAACAUGUGCAAUACAAGCAUUUUUUUAAUAUCUCAGUGAUCAACACACUGUAUGUUUGUCUGUUAGUCCUUGAAUAAAAUGUGCAUGACGUGUGUGUUUUUUUGUUUUAUGCUCACAAAUUUUGUGAUAUUUUUCCCAACUUUGAGAAUGGCAACAUUAAAUACUUGAACUAUGAAUCAUAA